GGAAAUCAGUACGAUUCACGUGAUGCCAGUCAUAUGACGGGUGUAAGCAGUUGAGUUUAAUACAUUGCACGUGAAGUAUCAUUUGAAUUAAUCCUGGGAGGCGUAACAAACAGAAAUACACUCCGGUUUGUAACAGGGACAAACAAAUCCUUUGGGGGAGGAAGUAAAUUUUGAAAGACAACCACUGCAGUAAUAAUGAAGACCUUUCUCAUAUUUGCCCUGUUUGGGAUAGUGGCUGGUGUCAAGUUCCAGUUCAACUCGACAGACCCGUGUGUGAUGCUGGAUGUAGAUGCUACAUUCACCACCACAGCCUCACAGAGGGACGGCCAGCUGGUGAAAGGUUCUGUGAAGGCAAGUGAUGUGCACUCUGUAAGUGGGUCCUGUGGAGAAAAUCAAGCGAAACUGAUCAUCAAUUUCAACAAGACUGGUGCUAAAUGGACUCUACUCUUCAGCAAGAAAAAUGAUUCUGUGACUGUUGCACUGGACAUGAUGUUCCAGUUUGAUGACAAGAUGUUCCCCAACAAAAAUCUUACCAGUAAUGUCAUCGUGGAUGAUGAGGGGACAACAACAUUGUCCAAGUCGGACCAGUCCUACAGGUGUGAUGCUUCACAGCAAGUUAAGUUCAAGUCAUUUGCUAGUGACAACGUAACAUACACAGUCCUUCUUACACUGAAAAGUCUACAGGUUCAAGCUUUCAACGUGUCUAACGGAGCUUUCAGCAGUGAUGUGGAGCACUGUGAGGCAGAUGUCAAAUCAACGUCCCCAAGUAAACCCACCUCCUCAGUUGAACCAACCACCUCAGAAGAACCUACCACCUCAGAAGAACCCACCACCUCAGAAGAACCCACCACCUCAGAAGAACCUACCACCUCAGAGAAGCCAGACACAUCGACUGAGUCCACACAGAUGACAUCAGAUGCUCCUCCAACCAGUGAUUCCACCACAGCAAGGCCCAUCCCUCAAGUUAAUCACUAUGUGUUUUCUAAUGGCAAUGACACAUGUAUUCGCAUGGAUGCAGCCAUUCAAUUGUCCAUCAUGUAUGAAACCAAGGACAACAAAACUAAAUUAUCUGAAUUUGCUGUGCCAGGACAGGUUACAUUGGAAGGCAUGUGUGACACUGAUGGAAAUGCAAGCCUCACUAUCAACUUUAAUAACACCAAUGUCACAUUUGAGUUCACAGACAUCAGUGGCACAGCAACCAUCAAAUCUAUCAUGUUCUCGGUUGUUCAAGAUUCAGUUCGGUUUCCCGAUGCCAAGAAUCCCGGGGAGCGGCUUCAGGAGACAGUGGACCCUCCACAGAUUGCCACCACUGACAACACAUUCUACACAUGCCAAGCUGGGGAGCCUGUUACUUUCAGUGACAAGUCUGAAAUGAUUUUGAGUAGUCUCAAGUGGCAGGCAUUCAACCUGGAUCAUGGCAACUUCACCAAACAAGGAGCACAGUGUAAAGAAGAUGUGACAACAACACCCUCAACCUCUACUGUAAUGCCAACAACUCCAAAGCCACAACCCGGGCCUUUUGUAAAUAACUUUACAGUGUCGGAGGGCAACACCACGUGUCUUGUGAUGAGGUCAGCCUUAGUCCUCCGAAUCCCAUUCACAAACAAGAAGAAGGAGAACCAGACAAUGGAAAUCACUGUGCCAGAAGUGAACCAGGCUGACAUCACAGGUACCUGUGGUGACGUGGAGGAAUCUAUCACCUUCAGCUUCUUUAAGGACUGGAACAUCACCAUGGUGUUCGCGCAAGAUAAAACAUCGAGCCUCACAGCUCCCAAAGACGUCAAUCAUCAGCUGUCUAAUGUGACAAUCACCUAUGUCUUGGACUCGGAUCACUUCCCUGAUGCUAAUAAAUCUGAUGUAAAGAUCAGUGUGAUGGCUAUCAACGUUGCACAGUUUGAUGCAAGUCAGAAGGGAUCCUACAAGUGCAAUUCCAAUGUGACCAUUGAUGCUGAGCAUGGUGUGGAGUUGGUCACAUCAAAUUUCCAGUACAAGGCCUUCCAAACAGGAAACAACACCGCCUUUAGCAAUGAUGGUCUGGUCGAGUGCCCUGCUGACACUGAGACAAACAGCAUUGUGCCCAUAGCUGUGGGCGCCGCUCUGGCCGGAUUAGUUGUUAUUGUGCUCAUUGCCUACUUGAUUGGUCGCAGAAAGAGGCGAUCAGGCUAUGAGUCUGUGUAGCCACACAGUGAAGGAAGUCUUAGGAAAGCAUCUAACUAAUGUAUUGGAUCUAUUUUUAUGCUGAGAAAAGUCUUCUAGGUCAAGAUGACCUUUGUUGUUACUCAAUUACCUGGAUAGAUAGCUUAAAAUAUUUGAGGAAGGGGGUUGUAUAAGGUCUUAGCUGAUAUUUUAAAUAAUAAAAUAAGCUUUGAAACAGUGCAGUUCAAAUGGUGAAUAUGCAAUUUUGAAACAAUCAAAUACUCAAACAGUGUAAUAUUUUGUCAUGUCAAAAAAAAGGAGAUGUUUUGUGCUUGAUACAUGUUUUGCAAGAAAUCAAUUUUUUCUUUUAGUUUUUGUUUGUUUUGCACAUUUGCCGAUGUGCUUGUACAGAUCAGCGUUUGUGUACAUAUAUGUAAAGUUAUGUCAGGAAUAUUGUUUAAUGAUCAAGUAAAUGUUUACAAAUGUUUAAAGCAGCCCUGUAGCAAAUCCCUGUAUAUAUAUUUCCAAGAAGCCGAAGCUACCAACACACCACUGGCCAUUCAUGGCCUGACAUUCACCAAAUACAUUCUGCAGCAUCCUCAACUGUUGCCAUCACAACGAGGACCAGAGAAACAACAGUGGUUCACACCUUCUUAACUAGGGAAAUGAAUCAGUUUGCUGUGUUUUUAAUGAUAUUUCUCAUUGUUAUAUAUGUUUUCUGACUUUGCUUAAACAGAAACAUACUUUUCAUAAAAUACUGAAGUUCCCAUGUUUACCCAUGUGUCUGGAACAAUUUUGUUGUAACUUUGGAACAUUAGCAACAAAUAAAGUCAUAAUUGUAUCCGAAGGUGUCUGACAAGAGGCCUGCUUGUAUGGUGCGUCACUUGUCUUAACAGUUUUGUGAUCUACUAAGAUGUUUUAUUUGUACAUACUUUACAGAUAUAGAUGUUUCUUUGCUAUGUAAUCCAACAAAGUGCUUUUUGUUUAAUGAGUAAAAAUCAGUGUAUGUGCUUGAGAAGAAGAGUAUUUGUACAGUGUUUGUCAUUUUUGACAUAUUUAUAUUUAAUACCAUGGUUCCUCUAAAAAGUUAAAGUAAAAUAAGGUAUUAACAACUCUUAUUUUUCAGACUUUUUCUAUUUAAAACAAUGGAAAGUAUAGUUUGUUAUAAUGAACAAUAUCAUUUUGUUCAAUUUUUAUUGGAAUUGUUUGAUUUGAAUGUGUCUGUGUGCUUGCUAAGAGGUAUUUGUUUGCUUAGUUAAACUCAGUCUACUCCCACUGUGUGCUACAGUGAAGAAGUAUACAGUGUGCAAGGAGUAGUGGGGUUAGUAUUGUUUAUGUCAAGCACAUUCCAUCAUGGCACACCACUGCAUAGACUGUCAAUAGGAAGGCCAGGCCACUUCCAUUGCUGAAGUGCUCACCUAGACACUGAACACCAGACAAGGAAAUGGUAAUCCUGUACAAGAGUCAGGGGCCUCACAAAUGUCAUUGAUAUGGCUACAGAAAAUCCACUUGCUACACUUGCUGUUUAUGAGCAUGUAUAGCAAGUUGGCUUGUUACACAAUGUUGGUCCGGUUGGUAGUAGUUUUUGCAGACAUUGGUUAGUUGAGGUUCCCCAUUUUGCUCAGGUACAGACCUUGCGUUCCUCUGCCCUUGGUUAUCUCAUAGCGGAGCAUCAUGUCAUUCAUUCGUUGGCAGAUAUUUUAGACUGUGCACAUAAUAUUCCAUAGAAUAUAUUUCAUGAAUUCAUUUCUUGGAUGUGUUCAAGUUUCCUCUGUUUAAGACAGUUGUACCAGUCAGACAGGUGAAUACUUGAAACGGACUUGUAGAUAUCUUCUCCUACAGACUAUGCAGGUACUAUCAAAAGGGUGUUGCAUGCUGGAAACUGCUUGUAACUCCCACAGCAACACCUGGCAGGGUCGUAUUGAACACUUCCAAUAUUACUCACAUUUGUAUGUGUGCACAUUGACUAGUUCUUUUUUUUUUAAUUAAAAGCUAUGUAUUUUAUGAACAGUUAUGUAAUGAUAAUAUAAUGUAAUUAAUGCUAUAACUGGAAGAUGAAGAUAACAUUGUGUAUAACAUCUAGUGAAGCUGUCACAACUUAUGGUUUUGUUUGUUUAUUGUUUAACGCCGCACUCAGCAAUAUUCCAGCUAUAUGAUUGCGGUCUGUAAAUAAUCGAGUCGGGGCAGUACAAUCCAGUGAUUGAUAUCAUGAGCAUCAAUCCACCCAAUUUUGAUACGAUGACAUGCAUCAACCAAGUCGGCACGUCUGACCACCUGAUCCUGUUAAGUUGCCUCUCACGACAAGCAUUGUUGCCAUUUACAGCAAGCAUGGGUUGCUGAAGACCUAUAACACAACACUAGAGGUGAUCAGUAUGAUGAUAGUGGUGGUGAAACUGCUUCACAGGGCAGCAAUACUCCACAACUGGUGGGAUUAUGAUUGUUUAAAGAUUGUAUUGUCUUGCUGUUUCGGAAUGCUGUGUUUUACCUUCAUACAGUAUUUUUUGCUUAACUUCAUUUAUAAUACAUAUGUAAAUUGACUUGAUCUCAUUGAGAUUUAUUUGUGAAUCAUGAGUUUCUAUUUUAAUGUUUAUCAACGGGAGUUAAAUAAGUAUUUGUAAUGAGGCUUUGGAUAGACGGGCAGUGUAAUGUAGCAGUUAUCCUGAUCAUGCCCACUCAACCAUGUGACAACAGCCCACUAAAACAGGCUACCGGUAAAAGUGGUGCAUGUCGCCUUUGUAGUAUUUCCAAAACAACAGAUCAGAGUGAUUUUGUAAUAUUCAUAAUUUAUUAUAUCUUUUUGAAUUUUUAUAUUAUGAAAAGUAAUUAAUAUUUUUUGUUUGGUUCACCGGAAUUUUCCGAUACAUUUGUAAACACAUCAGUUGCAACACAAGAACAUUGCUAUAUUUGUGAUCCAGGAUGUUAUUGUGCAACAUUUGCUUUUCUAAUAAAUCACCAUAAUUUGUAA